AGCUUUAAUGAUCGGAUUGAGAGCAACUGCAACGCACAGAUCUCCCAUCAGCCAAAAGAGGAGCAGGCAACUCUCAGCGGCUCAAGAAGCGACCAGGCAACUGCUGAUCUACAGUCAGCUGAGACAUAACUGACGGAGGCAAAAAGCAUCUCAGAGCAAGGCGUAGGAAGAGGUUGAGAAGAGGCUUUCGGAGGCAAAUCAAGAGAAGACUACUCCUGUGUGAAAGCUGACCUUCGGUGCACUCUGAAGAAGAAGGACCUGUCUUAAAGAGGCUCGACCAUGGAGGAGACGCUCACCUGCAGUCGAAGUCCUUUCUCUCAGGUGUUUGGGCGGCAGGGUCAGCUCAUGCAAGCCACUGUGCAGUCGCUGAACAACAUAAAUGACCAGAUUGCAAACUUUAUGGUUACCAGACCCAAGUCCCUGGAACAGGAAGAGCAAGCCUAUGCUCCUCCGGAGAAAGAGUCGCUGCAGAAGUCCAUGAACCUGAUGCGGCACCUCCUCGUUGAUGCUCAGGCAAAAAUCCUGAAAAUGAUGGAUGACAACAAGCAGCUGGCCCAGCGCAUCGAUGGGGCCAUUCAGUCGGCCAGCCAGGAGGUGACCAACCUGCGGUCAGAGCUGAGCGCCACCAGCCGCAGAUUGGCUGAGUUGGGAGCAACGGACUCUUCCGCCAGCAUGCUGGAGACAGUGCAGCACAACCACAACGAUCCCUCUCCUCAACGGAUGCAAAAAACCCCAACCACUGACCUCUGCUACAAGACUGAAAUAAGCAGCCUCAUGGACUUUAACUCUCCAGAUGCCUCACUGGACAAAGUUCUGCUGCGUGAAGAGGUGGCCCAACUCCAGGAGGAGGUGCACCUGCUUCGGCAGAUGAAGGACAUGUUGAGCAAGGACCUGGAGGAAACCCAAGGAGGCUGCUCGGCUGAUGUCCUCUCUGCCACGGAGCUCCGAGUGCAACUGGCCCAGAAAGAGGAGGAACUUAAUCGAGCCAAGGAGGCUUUACAAGCCAUGAAGUCAGAUCGCAAACGUCUUAAGGCAGAAAAGGCUGACCUGAUGAACCAGAUGCAGCAGCUGUAUGCCACACUGGAGAGCCGGGAGGAGCAGCUCCGUGACUUCAUCCGCAACUAUGAGCAGCACAGAAAAGAGAGCGAGGACGCGGUAAAGGCUCUGGCCAAGGAGAAAGACCUCCUGGAGAGAGAGAAGUGGGACCUGAGACGGCAGACCAAGGAGGCCACGGAGCACACAGGGAUGUUACGCUCUCAGCUCGACCUCAAGGAGAACCGCAUCAAGGAGCUGGAGGCUGAACUCGCUAUGAUGAGUAACUGUGUCAAUCAGAGAAUGGAGUUCCGGGUGUUUGAGCGGCUUGCGGACAGGGACUACUCUCCUAGGGUCAUGGCGGCCAAACAGUCGCUUGCCACCCUGACAAAGGAUGUACCCAAGCGUCACUCUUUGGCCAUGCCCACAGAGGCGGUCGUCAACGGCAACAACCAGGAGUGGGUAAUGCAGGCUGAUCUUCCCCUGACUGCCGCCAUCAGGCAGAGUCAGCAGACCCUCUAUGUCCACACCGGCCAUCCUACUGACAGACAAGUGGCUGCUGUGCGGGUGAGCCCAAUCCACUCGCGUCAGCCCUCCAUCAUCUCUGAUGCUUCUGCAGUGGAGGGAGAUCGGUCAUCUACACCCAGUGACAUAAACUCGCCACGUCACCGGACUCACUCCCUCUGCAAUUCCCUAGAAGAUCUGGAGGAGGCGAAGCGUAAGAAGAAGAAAGAAAAGAUGGGGUUGGGCUCGCUGUCGCGUGUCUUUGCCCGGGGAAAGCAACGCAAGUCUCUGGACCCUGGUUUGUUUGAUGGUACUUCCACACCUGAUUAUUACAUAGAAGAGGAUGCAGACUGGUAAAGCACAGCUCUCUGAGUGAACCACCUGUGGACCACUUUGUGUUUAAUGUGUGAAAGGAUGGAUGUUGGAGUAUAUAGAUAUAAUAUAUAUGUGGGCCUGUUCAGUCUUACCAGAAGGGGUGCUGUUCAUGUGUGUGUGAGCGUCGGCAUGCGCAUUGGUGUGCCAUUAAUGGUCAGAAGCCAUGUCAGAAGCUGGAAAUGUGUCUUGCUUCGGUGAAGUGUAACCCUUAUUGAUCAAAUAGAACCUGUAUGUAUGUACAGUUCUGUAAAUAGAAGCAGCAACAAUGUGGACAUGCUUUGUUAAAGCUAUUAUAUUUGAUCUUCUUCUGGACUUUUUUUGUUUUCAAAUAACUGGAAACUUGAAGGACUGCUUCAAUCUGUAAAUAACAACAGUUGUUGUGCAUUUUGUGCUUGUAAAUGUCUUCAUGUUCCAAUUGCCUGUUGUUAAUUUUGACAUGUAAUCCCCUCCCCUCACAACUCAAAGCCCCCCUUGUUUUUAUGUGUUUCUUGUCCUGCUUGGUCCAACCCUCCUCCUUCACACAGCAAUGAUGAGAACAGUUUCCUGUAGGCGUAUGCAGACUCCUCAGUUUAAACAGUAAUUUGGCUGUCAGUUAUCCUAUUCCUCCAAAAAAUGAAAACUGUUCAGGGAUUCUCACUGAUUUUAACUUUUUAAUUGCAAAGAAGCUGUUUAGUAUGUAUUUUACUUUGUAUGCUCAACAACAUGAUGAUUUCAAACAGAAAACUUCUAUCUGCAUAGAUAGAAGGUGCAGUGCCUUGCCAAAGUGUUCAUGUCAUCUUUGAUUUAUCUUCCUCAUUUUGUAAAUUUAUAAAUUAAUGAAAUGAUGUUUUUAAUAGUUGAGUUAAAAAAGGGGUGACUCCUCUUUGAAGGCAAGUGAUUUUCUUCAUGUCAUAGUAAUGCCCACAUAGUUUUAAAUGCAUUAUUUCAUUAAUUAUCUUACUAAAAGUAACUUAAAGCAUGAUAUAGAACAUUUAACAGGUUCAACACUUCAUGGUUCUGCUUAUAUUUAAAGCACUGGAUGUGCCUAAACAAUGUCCCUGAUUUAAAAUGCCAGAUAGAGUUCAGCCCGAGUUUUCUCUGGAAUGAAAUUGGUUCUGUAACCUGGCCUAUUUAAUGUAAAGGCCAACACAGCUCUAAAUUUCCGCAGAUCGAUUUGAUUGGAAAUGGGCUUCUUCU